AUGAGGGCGAAGAAGUCAAGGAGAAAACGCCCAUCAAGGACUCAUCUGAGAUGGUGGUGGCAUGCUCGAUGGUUUCGAGAUUCCUGUGCUACUUCCUGUCGAACUGCACAAAAUCAGAAGGCCAUGUUCGAACAUCUAUCAUUUUUGCUCGACAACGCCACGAUGCUGUUAGCCAGGCCAAGCUUGAGGGGUUCCGUUCCUCUCGAUGUCGCUUACUCGUCAUUCAUGGAUAACAAUGAGCUAGCACUUGCUCUGAAGGAGGAAGAGUUGGAUAAGGUCACCGUCUACUUGUCAAGAUGUGGACUACAACCAAACUCGGAAAUGAUCGCUAAAGGCUAUCCGGACAUCGGAUGGGAUCCUGUGGAGGGAGAGCGGUACAUCGAUUUCCUCCGGUUCUGUGUAUGGAUUAACGGCGAGAAUGUCGAAGAGAACGCUAAUCUGGUGAUUCGCUUGCUCAUUCGUCGUCCGGAAUGCCUUGGUGUAGCUCUAAAAGGAGAGGGCCAGGGUCUAUUCGCAGCAUUCAAGGAAGCAAUUGCUUUGUCCGAGGAUAUUCGGGUACUCGAAGAGGAGGGUGAUGCAGCUCCAAUGCUGAAAUGUGGACUUCUCGGAGAUUCACCGUCGUAUCCAUCGAAAGAGGGCGAAGGCGAGGAUUACAUGGACUUGGGAGCGGCAACUUUGGACUUCUACUCAUCUUUAGUGGACCUUUUGGCUAAAUGCGCUCCGGAUCGAAUGGCCAUACAGGCUGGUAAGGGUGAUUCCCUUCGAGCUCGCGCCAUUCUUCGCUCACUGAUUUCGUUGGACGACCUUGGACAGAUUCUGAGCCUUAGGUUCACGAUUCCGAACCUUGCAAUGGCUGAUAGUGAUAUUCGUCGUCGCUCGUUCGCCAAUUCACACCAACACAAUGUGAACAUUACGCAUUCGUUCGCGAAAGUCGCCACCGAAGUGAAAGCGAAUCGCAAUCGUUUACAGUCAAUGCAGUACGAGGCUAAGCUAUCACAGCUUCGCGAGGAAGAACCCGACAACGGAAACGAUGAAAAUGAGUCGCAAUCGGAUUAUGGUUCCGUAAAGAGUCACCUGGAUGAUGACACAAAAGAAAACGAAUCUCCGACACCAAAAGUGUCGUCAUCGUCUCCACCGAUCAUGAUGAUCAUCGGAAAGAAGCGGGAUCCUGCGUCUAAUGGUCCACUGCCUGGUCUUCUACCCAAUCACAAAGGAUCCGUUUUACUGUUUCUCGAUCGGGUAUACGGUAUUGAUUCGCAGGAUAUGCUGUUCCACUUCCUUGAGCAGAGUUUCCUACCGGAUCUGCGAGCCUCUACAAUGAUGGAUUCGCCCCGCGCCCUAGAGUCGGACACAGCGUUGGCACUGAAUCGUUACCUUUGCAACGCUGUACUGCCACUGCUUACAAAUCAUUCGCAUUUCUUUGCCGACGCCGAACACCAUGCUGCUCUUCUUGAUGCAACUCUGCAUACGGUAUAUCGAAUGAAUCGACUAAAAUCACUGACGAAGAAUCAACGUGACGCUGUUUCCGAUUUCUUGGUGGCGAUCACACGGGAACUGCCACCAGGAAUGAUGGUCAAACUGUUACGAAAAGUCAUUGUCGAUAUACAACAAAUGAGCGACAUGAACGUGCUGGUCCCACUGCGGGUCAUUGUCGAUAUACAACAAAUGAGCGACAUGAACGUGCUGGUCCCACUGCGGUUGAUGACACUGCACUAUGAACGCACUAACAAGUACUACGGUAGUGGUAACCAGUACGGUGUAGCAACCGAAGUGGAAAAGCGCUUGUCAAUGCUUCUGUUCUACGCGAUCUUCGAUUCACUUGGAAGCCGGCCAUAUGAUCCAGAAUUGUUUGGAAAGGCUCUACCAUGCCUAACAGCGAUCGGUUCGGCCAUCUCUCCCGACUACACCCUUACUACUGGUGGUGAUGACGCCGCAAAGCUAAAGGAAAUUAUGGAAGAUGGCGGUUGGGUACCAAGGCCUGUCGACGUAUCUCGCAUCGACCUACCAAGGGAUUUGCAGUCGAUGACGGAAGCAUUCGCUGAGCAUUUCCAUGAUUCAUGGGCAAGUCGAAAGCUCGAGAAGGGAUGGGUUCACGGUGAUUUGUACUCGCGCCAGAACCUCACCCAUCCACGAUUGAAGCCGUAUAGUCAGCUGAAAGAAUUUGAGAAAGCAUUCUACAAAGACCGAUGUGCGGAGUGUUUGAAAGCGCUUUUGGCUUGGAACUAUACAUUCGAACUGACCGAUCGGGAUGCUGCAGAUCGAGCGGCCAGUGCUCGAACGCCUUCAGGCACUUCUAUCCAGAACUUUGCCCCUAAACCAGUGGACCUUUCAAGUAUGACGCUAGAAAAGGAUAUGGUAGCGGCUGGUGAGAAAAUGGCAGAACAUUCGCACCUGAUUUGGGCCAAAAAGGUAUGGAACGACCUCAAUACAAAGGGUGGAUUUCUGCCAACGACGCUGGUACCAUGGGAUUUGUUGACCGAUUUCGAAAGGCGUAAGGAUCGUUUCCGAGCUACUGAGAUUCUGAAAUUUGUGCAGUACCACGGAUAUCACGUAGAGAGAUUUGCAUAUAACCUUCUCGAAAAACUCAUUCAAUAUUUGGAACAAGCAAGUCUCAAGAUGAAAUCGGUAAAGCCGAGUCAGGAGCUGACCAGAAGAAAUACGUUCAGAAAGGAGGGGCAGGAUGUGAAGUUCUUUGAAAAGGUUGUCUCCCGCUUAUGCAUGCUUACUUCAAUGCACAUAAAAAUUACUUCCUCGAAGGCUCUACCAUUGUGCAAACGGGCACAGCCAGCAACAGAGAAAAGGAGAUGCUUGUUCUGUCGUCUGGCUGCACUGCUUCGAAUUAAAAAUCGUGCAUUCGGAAGUGUAGCGAAAAUUACAGUGAAGUGCCUGCAGGGAUUGACUCAAGCAUUGGAUCUGAGGACAUUGGUGAAGACGAAUUCGGACAUCAUUCGCACAUCUCUGUUGACCUUUUUCAACAAUUGUGCUGACGACCUGUUCGCGGCCGUGAAAGAGCUAAAGGAUAAUGGCAAUACUCUCUCAUCCGAGGUCAGAAUCUAA